UCUGCCGACUCGAACCUGGCGAGGAAGACGAACCUCGGUCGUUGUCUGCGGACGAAAGGACUUCGCGGUGAGACGCACAGACAAAAAACAACAAUGAACACUUUUGAAAAGAAGCUGGCGGACAUGAUACAUGAACACCCAAAUCUCUACGACCAAUCCCGGCGGGACUACAAAGACAAUCUGAAGGCGCACGUGUCGUGGAAAGAAAUCGCAGAGUCCAUGGGAAAGUCUGAGGAAGCGGUGAAGCUGAAAUGGAAAAAUCUACGCGACAAGUUCUGUAAAGCGAAGAAGCGAAUGGCGAAGAGAAACGUCCCCCCGCUAACAGACGACGAGAACCCGGUGGAGAGGCCCGUCCCGGUGCUGUACAACCAGCUGGCCUGGCUCACUGCCUACGUUAAACCCAGAGUAACCGCUGGCAUGGGAGACACCGACGAGGCAGCUGGAAGUGGAGAUGACAUGGAGAAAGAGCGAGAUAAAGACGAGAAAGAGCAGCAUGUUCCCCUGCCUGUCGUCAGCACUAGUUUCCCUCUCGUGGAGUCCUGCCCAACCAACCAUGAAGAGAUGGGAGUCUCUCUCAAACGUAAAAGGCAAACAACCACAGAAACUGAGAUAAGUUCUGCAGAUGCCCUUACCAGCCUCAGAGAUGAAGACGAACUGUUUCUGCUCAGCCUUCUGCCUUCACUGAAGAGGCUCACCAUUAAAAAAAGAAUGGAGGUGCGGAUGAAAUUCCAGCAAGUGCUUUAUGCUGCAGAGUUUGAGGACUGAAGAGCUUGUUCAAAGGAAAUUUACAAUGAUUGUUUGAGUAUUCAACCUGUAAAUAGAUUUUUCGAACCAUUAUAACUCCUUAAUAUUUAUUUUUGCACACUUACCCCUAUAAGACAUCAAAAUAUAAUGUAAAUAUAAUGAGCUUUAUCCUUUGAAAACAGAGAAAAGAGUCUCUCUUUCUGGAUGUUGGCAGUAGAGCCGCCCCUUUGUUACCAAUAAAAAAAUGAGAGUAAGCAUAUAAUUAUUAGUUAAUUUGGUGCACUUUACAGUAAAAUAUAAUGCAAUCAAAAACAACAGCCCCAAAAUAAAUCAUUUUGAAGCAGGUUUGGUUGACACUGUGUCAGAUCCAACUAAUUUUGUCCACAUCCAUUUAUGUAAUUCUUUUGUCUAGAGGUAUUGGUUGAUUGAUCUGAUUAAUGUGUCAUAUGUUUUGUAUGAAAGGCUCUCUACACAACAAUGUAACAACUUUAAACUCCUUGUCUAGCUCUGCUCGUUGGCUUACGGUUUCCAGGUAAACCUUGAUGACUGACUAACAGCACUAUGCCAGCUCACAACAUAAUGAAUUCUGGUAUAAUUUGAAAUGACUGCAGUUAUUUUGUUUAACAUAUAAGCUACAAAGUUAGGAAACAGUCAGUUCCAUACAAUUUAGUUCCAAAAACUGUUCUGCUUUCUAACGCUGCCUGAUUCAUUUCACACAUUUUUGUAGAUUAGACAGAGACACUGACUGUGAACAAAUAUCUCCUCUGUAUCUUUCUGAAGGGAAUCGUUUCUACUGUAUAUAUUUUGCAAAUAAACAUGUUGUUGCUUCUGAAAAACA